AUGGACGUCCGACUCCGUGCACGAAAGAUAGCUCAUAGGCCUGGUGGGCGUCACGAUAAUGAUUUUGAAGACAUACAUGCUAUCCACAUCAUGCCCACAGCCGAAGAACUUGCCUCAAAAGAUCCAUAUCUACCUCGAGUCCAGGACAUGGACAACCCCUGUGGUCCGACGAGUCUCGCAGCACAAGUGGAUCGACAUUUCCGUUUGCUACAUGAGGACAUGAUUUCUGAUCUCAGAGACGAGCUUGGGCACAUAAGAUCUCCUGAUAAAUCACCUGUUCGAAAGAGGCUACGAGUCUUUAGCCUUAGCCUUGCAGGCGCCCUAUGUGAUGAGAAACGGCAGUGGAGUCUGCAAUUCGAAUGCCUUAUUGGCCUACCUCAAAUCAAUGCUUUACCUCCUGGCAAAAAGAAGAAGUUUGUUAAGGAGAACACAAAUUAUCUCAAAGAUAACUCGGUUGGCUGUCUCAUGAUAGACGAUCAUUCUCUGCCUGAGAAUUCCGGAGGCGAGUGUCAGAAACGUGAUAUCAAAGGCGAUAUGAUCGCUUCCAGUGUCUUUAUCCAGUUGAACACACCAAUGUUCUCGUAUGAGCCAAUCCUGAAGCAACUGAAAGCAAUCAGAAACAUACCGCUAGCAAAGGAGCUCUUCGCCGGUGACAAAGAUUGUAUGGUCAAUGAAAUUGAUUACAAUGUGAAUCCGAGUCUCCAGAGCCUCCUGGAACAAGUUGAGAAAGGCGCCGUCGUCCGAAUUGACAAAGUUCUUGGCCUGCCUCGAGAAAUCAGACUGGACAAGUCGCAAGCCCAACGCUUCCUUGCUGAAGCGCGCCAGAAGGUCUGCACCAUCCAAGGCCCUCCAGGGACUGGUAAAUCAUUCAUGGGCUCUCUGAUCGCGAAACCAAUCCUGCACUUCACGAAUGAGAGGAUUCCCGUCGUCUGUUACACGCACCAUGCGUUGGAUCAAUUUCUCAAAGAGCUUUUAGAUCUUGGUAUACCGGAUUCUGAUAUCGUGCGUUUCGGAAGCACCAAAAAGGCCACCGUCAGGACAAAACCACUCUCACUGCAGGAAAGUCCUUCAAGUCGCAGGCUGAUCCCAAUCCAAUUCAACAUGCUGCAAAAGGCGAGGGAUGCGGUCACACGGAAAGGCCGAGCACUACAACAGGCGGUUGCACUAGAAGGGAAAAUGACCCAAGUCAGCAAGGGUGGGCGAAAAGUGGACAGAUUCUACCUCCUGGACCAGUGGAGACGAGGAAAGGAUGCUGGAAUAUUUCAACGAAGCCAUGGCUCCAGAUUUCCCGAAGAUUGGAAUUUGAAGGCAGCGGAGGGAUCAGAGAUUUAUGAGCAAUGGAAGCGUGAAAUGAUGGAGACUGUGUCAGCACUUGUAUGUGAAGCGGGAGAGGUCUACAACAAAGCCCUUGCACAGGUGCGUGCAAUCUACAUGGAGAAAGACCUUGAAGUCAUGCGGCAGAAACGGAUCAUCGCUUGCACCACAACAGCAGCAGCGAAAUAUGUCAAGCAUGUCCAGUCGGUAUCGCCGGGAGUCGGAUUGGUCGAAGAAGCCAGAGAAAUACUCGAGAGCCAUAUUCUCACAGCGAUUAGACCCAGCACGAAGCAACUCAUCCUCGUCGGUGACCAUCAACAGCUUCGUCCGAAAAUCAGCAACUACAACUUGACGGUGGAUAAGAGCGAAGGAUACAACUUGAACAGAUCUCUCUUCGAGAGGCUCGUGCUUGAAGGCUCCCCACACCAGGUCCUCGUCGAACAACAUCGGAUGCGUCCAGAGUUAUCUGCUAUCCUCAGAGAGCUCACGUAUCCUGAGCUUUGCGACGCCCCCAACACCAAAGGACGCCCUGAUCUACGCGGAUGUACAGACAACCUGAUUUUCUUGGACCAUCGACAUUCAGAAGUGGAACUCGUAGAUGUACGGGAGUGGAGAGACGGCUACACUCCUUCCAGGAAAAAUCUUUUCGAGGGUGAGAUGACAUGGAAGUGUGAUGGAGAAGAUCGACCAGCAGAUCCAGUCUACUCGAGACGUGGAGGAGGAGAACAGCUACAAGAGGACCGAGAAAAGGCUCUGCAACAGAGACAGCGAGACCUGAAAGAUUUGCAACAAUCUCUAUCUCAAGAGCCUCCAUCUCAUGUCGCGGAACCAACAACUUCAGUCACAGGAGAGACGCCCAAGGCUCCGCGAACUCCGCUUCCUAAAGGUCAAGUACGCCCAUCACAAUCUCCCAACAUUACUUGGCCUGAGCCACCGCCCACUCCCGAAGACUCCCCGGAGUUUGAGUGGCAACGCCAAAAGCGAGUCGAAAAUGCAACGAAUGACGCUAUUGAUGCCAUCAUGGCAAUGGCGGGGUUGAAAGAGGUCAAAACAAAGAUUUUGACGAUCAAGGCAAAGACAGAUGUCGUUAAAAGGCAGAACACCGACAUGAAGAAGGAAAGGCUUGGAAUGGUCAUGCUCGGAAAUUCUGGUAAAACGAGUGUGGCAAGAUAUUACGCGAAGUUUUUGACCAGCGUUGGCGCACUGCGCGGGUCGGGAUUUGUUGGAGUUACAGGCUCGAGCCUGGCUAACGAAGGUGUGGCUGGGACGAAAAAGCAUAUUGAGAACCUCAUAAAGUCGGGCGGAGGCGUGUUCUUCCUCGAUGAAGCAUACCAGCUCACGUCAGGAAAUUCCUUUGGCGGUGGAGUUGUGCUCGACUUUCUCCUGACGGAGAUCGAGGAGAAGAUCGGCUCGAUUGUAUUCAUCUUUGCAGGCUACACGAAAGAGAUGGAGAAGUUCUUUGAGCACAACCCUGGCCUCGAGCCGCUUGCCCCACCGAAUAGCCUUUGCGGAUUGUUCGAAUGCCGAACUGUUGACUAUGAUCUCUAUGCGAAGAUAUUAGUCGACCGUCUGGGCGUAAAUCGAGGCAUGCCAGGUUCUGAAAACGCCAGAUCUCUGCACAAUACCUGGUCGAGGGUGUCAGAACGGCAAGCUCAACGGCUGGUGAAGGAGCGCAAAGAUGGACUUUCCCCUGAUGACCUUUUCUUUUCGAAAGACGACCUCAUUGGACCGCAACCCAAAGGAGUCCUUCAAACCAGUGCGGCUUGGAGAGAGCUACAGAGCAUGAUUGGGCUGAAGCAGGUCAAGGAGAGCAUCAAUACUCUAGUUGGUGGCGUGGAAAAGAACCAUCAUCGAGAGCUUGUUGGAAAGCCUCCCAUUCAAGUGUCGCUCAACCGGAAUUUCACUGGGAACCCUGGAACUGGAAAGACGUCGGUAGGAAAGCUCUAUGCUGCUAUUCUCGCAGAAUUGGGAUUACUUUCGAAGAAUGAGGUUGUGUACAAAACCCCGAGCGAUUUUGUCGGUGCACGUCUCGGAGAAUCCGAAAGAGACACCAAGGCAAUCCUGAGAGCUAGCGAGAGCAAGGUCCUCCUCAUAGAUGAGGCGUACGGUCCUCUUGCGGGCUGUGGAGUUGGAAAAGGACAGGCCGACAUCUACAAGGCCGCGGUCAUCGACACAAUUGUUGGCGAAGUUAAAAACACCCCAGGCGAAGACCGCUGUGUGCUACUUCUUGGGUACGAGGACGAUAUGAAGGAGAUGCUGGAUAACUCGAACCCAGGCCUCGCGAGACGGUUUCCCAUCAGCGAAGCAUUCCACUUUGACGAUUUCGGAGACGAAGAACUUCGACAAAUCCUCGACUUCAAGCUGAAAAAGCAAGGCCUUGAUGCCACAGACGAGGCGAAAGACGUCGUUAUCGGGAUCCUAUCCAAAACUCGAGAUCGUCCCAAUUUCGUAAACGCAGGCGAAGUCGAGAACUUGAUCGGCUGA